GGAACCGCUGGCUGCGUCCUCGCUGCCCGUCUCUCUGAGGACCCGAGCUUACGCGUCCUAUUGAUAGAAGAUGGGGGAAGUGGAAAAGGAGUACCAGAAUCCAGGAUUCCCUCUGCCUUUACCAAACUCUGGCAUAGUCAAUAUGACUACGACCUUCUAACCGAGCCCCAGGAAAAUGCGGCGGGGCGCAAAAUAUUCUGGCCGAGAGGUGAGAUAUCCGACCGCUCUUCCAUCAAUGCUCAAAUGGCGCAAUACGGUGCACCGUCCGACUUUGAUGAAUGGGCUCGGAUCAUUGGCGACGACUCGUGGUCGUGGAAUAAUUUUAACAAGUAUUUCCGCAAGUUUGAAGACUUCACACCUAACUCGAGUUAUCCGCACAUAAAUGCAUCUAAUCGAGGGAAAGGCGGGCCUGUGAGCAUCGGAUACAACUCGUACACUUUCGCGGGGAGCCCCUUGUUCGUGAAGGCGGCCAUGAACGUUGGCAUACCGUUCAGCGGUGACUUUGGUCUCGAGACGAGCAUGAAAGGUACCAAUAUGGUAAUGACAUACGUUGAUUCUCACUCAGAGCGAGUGUCAACGGAGACGGCUUAUCUCACCGACAAGGUUCUCGCCCGUCCCAACCUAAGCGUCUUAACGCGUCAUCGUGUCACCAAACUCCUAUUUGAACGGGUUGCUGAUGGAACGCCUUGUGCAACUGGCGUCGAAUUCGUGCGAGUAGCUGAUGGGACCAACGGAAAGAAGUGGAGAGUCAAGUCACGCAAAGAAGUCAUCGUAUCAGCUGGCGCUGUGCACUCACCACAAAUCCUUAUGCUUUCCGGAAUUGGUGCCGCAGAGCACCUUGCCGAGCACAACAUUCCCUUAGUUCACGACCUCCGUGGAGUUGGCAUGCAUCUUACGGACCACACAGUGGUUCACCAUCGGUUUGCAGAUAAGAAAAAGGUCACCUUCAACUUUGGCGAACCCUACGAUGUUUCCACGUACGCCAACUUUUUCAUGGCGGCGUUGAGGUAUCAGCUUUUUGGCACCGGACCGUUCGCUUCAAAUGUCAGCGAAGCAGUGAUAUUCGUUCGCUCGGACGAUCAGUCACUCUUCCCUAAAGCCGAGUGGCAGAGUUCGAUCGAGGAUGCAAAUUCAGGUCCGGACAGCCUGGAUAUCGAGCUGCUCAUCUUCCCCGUUCUGGUAAAUACAGAUGAAACGUUUCACAUCAAGCGAGGCGCAUAUGGGUACAUGAUUGUUGCCACAAACCUUCGUCCAACCAGCAGAGGCACGAUCCGGCUCAAAAGUUCAGACCCGUUCGAUAAUCCACUCAUGGACCCAAACUACCUUGCGACGAAACACGCCGUCGACGUGCACGUUCGCACUGCACACCUCACGCACAAGAUUGCCCAUACAGCCCCGAUGACGGAGAUGACGGACACAGACUGCCAAGAUCGCACGUUCGACCACCAUAUUGUCGCCCUACCAAACGAAGAUCUCGAGCAGUUUAUUCGAGGUCGCAUCCAGACGCUAUAUCACCCCUCGUGCACGUGCCGCAUGGCGCCACUUGAUGAAGGCGGUGUAGUUGACAAAGACCUGAAUGUUUACGGGGUGAAGGGUUUGAGGGUGUGCGAUGCAAGCGUGUUUCCUGAGCUCAUUUCGGGUCACUCGGUACGUCCUAACGUUCACUAUGAACUUAAUCACACUGAAGAGAUGCUGGUAUGUAGGCCGGUGCCGUAA